UCGUCCUCGUGCUAAUAAGUAUUGAUUACCAGCAUUAUAUAUUAUGUAUGCAUUAUCGUUCGAAGAUAGAUCUGGAGCAGAUGAUGGAGACGGUGGCAGUCGGAUGCCACCUUCCGGGUAACCCAAGAACAAGAGAUGCCGCCUGCGACCCUUUCUGCGGCUUUCAUGGAUCUCUCCCUCUCUCUCCCCCCAUCCACGUGAAUUCCUAACUAUAGCCCUCCCCCAUUCUUUUGCCCUUUCUUACCUUCUUUGGUGUUCUCUUCCGGUUCGUUCUUGGUCCGGUCUUCGACAUGCGGUUUCUUGACACGUCGGUCCUUGGGCUGCCGUGAACCCGAGAUCUGGCUCCUCCUCCCUCUUUCUGUGAAAUUCAACGAUCCGAGAUGGGACCUAAUGAGAAGACAGAUCUUGAACUCCCAGAAGAUACAAUUGUUGGUUCACCAUUGGCUACCAGGAAGACGCACACAUUUGAUCACAUCGGAUCAUUUGCAACUGUUGCUCAAUACACCCCUGGGAGGACAAGAAAUAGAAUAUUGAUGAGUAUUUACAUUGUGCUAAUCAAGGCGAAAAUUAAUGUGUUAUUACCUUUUGGACCUUUAGCAAUCAUGCUUCACUAUCUUACCGGAAAGCAUGGAUGGGUUUUCUUUUUCAGUCUGAUUGGAAUAAUACCUCUGGCUGAGCGUUUGGGUUAUGCCACAGAACAGCUAGCAAGUUACACUGGUCCAACAGUUGGAGGACUUUUGAAUGCUACAUUUGGUAAUGCAACAGAGAUGAUAAUAUCAAUUUAUGCAUUGAACAAUGGAAUGAUUCGUGUUGUUCAGCAAUCUUUGCUGGGCUCCAUAUUGUCAAAUAUGCUCUUAGUUCUGGGAUGUGCUUUCUUCACUGGUGGAAUUGUCCAUUGCAACAAAGAUCAGGUCUUCAAUAAGGCUGCUGCCGUCGUGAACUCAGGAUUGCUAUUAAUGGCAGUGAUGGGUCUAAUGUUUCCAGCAGUACUUCAUUUUACACACUCAGAAUUACAUUAUGGAAGAUCAGAACUGGCUCUUUCAAGGUUCAGCAGCUGUAUCAUGCUUGUGGCAUAUGCUGGCUACCUCUUUUUUCAAUUGAAGAGUCAACAUGAACUUUAUAAACCAAUUGGCGAAGAAGAGGUAGCGAAUGAGAACGACAGUGAUGAUGAGGAGGCUCCUGAGAUAACUCAAUGGGAAGCAAUAUCCUGGCUUGCUGUCUUGACUGUUUGGGUUUCUAUUCUCUCUGGAUACCUUGUUGAUGCUAUACAGGGGGCAUCAGAGUCAAUGAACAUGCCGGUGGCUUUUAUCAGUGUUAUUUUGCUACCUAUUGUUGGAAAUGCUGCUGAGCAUGCUAGCGCAAUAAUGUUUGCUAUGAAAGACAAACUGGACAUCACACUGGGUGUCGCAAUUGGAUCCUCUACACAAAUAUCGAUGUUUGUGAUUCCUUUCUGUGUGGUUGUUGGUUGGAUUAUGGGGAGGCAAAUGGACUUGAACUUCCAACUAUUUGAAACAGCCACUCUCUUUAUAACAGUACUGGUUGUAGCAUUUAUGUUGCAGGAAGGUACUGCAAAUUAUUUCAAGGGACUAAUGCUUAUUUUGUGCUACCUCAUAGUUGCUGCAAGUUUCUUUGUACAUAUAGAUCCUGUAGCAAGUGAUUGAUUGAUCCCCCGGAAUAGUUCAUCUCGAAUUUUGGCAAAGCUAGAGCGGAACAUGAUUAGUAUUUGCAGAAUGGAUGCUCUGCUUGCUGUUCAAGGAUGUGGGGACUGAUCUGUACCCUUUAUACGACAGUUUAUUGUAUCACAGGUUUUCACCCUUAAAAAGAAAAAGACACACGGCUGUUUAUAAUCUUUGUUUUCUUCACAUUGUUGAUCUUCUCUCGUGAUGGAAGAAUCGGAGUGGUCUCGAGGAUGGCCUGCCAAAAUGUGUGAUUAAAGCACGGAAAUGAACGUUUC